CUGCGCACGCGCAUGGUCGCCCCAGGGGGAACGCAGGUCGCUUAUCCGGCUCGGUAGGUCGGCGGCCUGGUUGCCAUGGCGGCGGGGUCGCGGGCCGGCGCCAGGGAAGGCCCCGAGGCUGCGGGCGGCCAGGGCUGCCCGCGGAUCCCCAGACCCGGACGCCCGAGCCAGCAACCCUGAGGGGCGGCCGGGCAGCGCCGCCACCAUGUUCCUGGGCACCGGGGAGCCGGCCUUGGAGACGGGAGAUGACAGUCUGUCUGCAGUCACCUUUGACUCUGAUGUGGAGACGAAAGCAAAAAGGAAAGCUUUCCACAAACCUCCACCCACAUCGCCAAAGUCACCUUAUCUCUCUAAGCCGAGAAAAGUGGCCUCCUGGAGGUCCCUCAGGACGGCAGGGAGCAUGCCUCUGGGCGGCCGAGCGUCCCUGACCCCGCAGAAGCUGUGGCUGGGAACCGCAAAGCCAGGAAGUCUGACCCAGGCCCUGAACUCACCCCUCACCUGGGAGCAUGCGUGGACCGGCGUCCCCGGCGGCACUCCCGACUGUCUGACAGACGCCUUCAGAGUGAAGAGGCCAUAUCUCAGGCGCUCUGCCAGCUACGGUCAUGUCCCUGGGACUCCUGUCUACAGAGAAAAAGAAGAUAUGUAUGACGAGAUUAUUGAGUUAAAGAAGUCAUUGCACGUGCAGAAGAGCGACGUGGACCUGAUGAGAACGAAGCUCCGGCGCCUGGAGGAGGAAAACAGCAGGAAGGACCGGCAGAUAGAGCAGCUCCUGGAUCCCAGCCGCGGCACGGAUUUUGUUCGGAGUCUGGCAGAGAAAAGGCCCGAUGCCAGUUGGGUCAUUAACGGGCUGAAGCAGAGGAUCCUGAAGCUGGAACAGCAGUGCAAGGAGAAGGACGGCACCAUCAGCAAACUCCAGACCGAUAUGAAGACUACCAACCUGGAAGAGAUGCGGAUCGCCAUGGAGACAUACUACGAGGAGGUGCAUCGUCUCCAGACCCUCUUGGCAAGUUCUGAAACCACCGGAAAGAAGCCCCUGGGGGAGAAGAAGACGGGUGCCAAAAGGCAGAAGAAGAUGGGCAGUGCCCUCCUGAGCUUGUCCCGGAGUGUCCAGGAGCUCACGGAGGAGAACCAGAGCCUGAAGGAGGACCUGGACCGCGUGCUGAGUACCUCCCCAACCAUCUCCAAGACACAGGGUUAUGUGGAGUGGAGCAAGCCCCGGCUGCUGAGGCGCAUUGUGGAGCUGGAGAAGAAACUAAGUGUGAUGGAGAGCUCAAAAUCACACGCCACAGAGCCAGUCAGAUCACACCCGCCAGCCUGCCCUGCAUCCAGCUCUGCGCUGCACAGCCAGCCACGAGGGGACCGCAACAAGGACCAUGAGCGUCUCCGAGGGGCUGUGAGAGACCUGAAGGAAGAGCGGACCGCGCUGCAGGAGCAACUGCUGCAGAGAGAUUUGGAGGUGAAGCAGCUCCUGCAGGCGAAGGCCGACCUGGAGAAGGAGCUGGAGCGCGCGAGGGAGGGCGAGGAGGAGAGGAGAGAGCGAGAGGAGGUUUUGAGAGAGGAGAUUCAGACGCUUACCAGCAAGCUCCAAGAAUUGCAAGAAAUGAAGAAAGAAGAGAAAGAGAAUUGCCCGGAAGUUCCUCAUAAGGCCCAAGAGCUCCCAGCUCCCACUCCCAGCAGCAGGCACUGCGAGCAAGACUGGCCACCGGAUUCCAGCGAGGAGGGGCUCCCGCGGCCCCGCUCCCCCUGCUCCGAUGGGAGAAGAGACGCCGCGGCCAGAGUCCUGCAGGCCCAGUGGAAGGUGUACAAGCACAAGAAAAAAAAGGCUGUUCUGGAUGAGGCGGCUGUGGUGCUUCAGGCAGCUUUCAGGGGACAUCUCACACGGACAAAGCUCUUAGCAAGCAAAGCACAUGGCUCAGAGCCACCCAGCGUGCCAGGCCUCCCAGACCAGGGUGCCCUGGGGGUUGAGUGCCGGGAGCCAGCAGGGGGCUGCCAAACAGUCGUCUUCCCUGCUGUCCUUGCGCCCCAGAGCUCUCCCGUGCCCCGCGUUCCGAGCCCCAUCGCCCAGGCCGCGGGCAGCCCUGUGCAGGAGGAGGCCAUCGUCAUCAUCCAGUCCGCUCUGCGGGCACACCUGGCCCGGGCCAGGCACAGUGCUACCGGUAAAAGAACCACCACCGCAGCUUCUACCAGGAGGAGAUCGGCUUCAGCCACACACGGGGACGCCUCCUCCCCACCCUUCCUCGCAGCUCUUCCUGACCCCUCUCCCUCAGGGCCACAGGCUGUGGCACCUCCACCUGGGGACGACGUCAACUCCGAUGAUUCCGACGAUAUUGUCAUUGCACCGUCUCUGCCCACGAAGAACUUUCCAGUUUAGGUCCCCGUCACUGUCUCCAUGCCGUGAUGGCAGCGCUGCCGAGGACAUAGGAACCACGACUGGAAAGAUAAUUUAUCGUGUUAGGAGAAGAACGAUGAUACCUACUUAGCACCUCAGCAUCUGCGUCGUGUCUCUCUGUGCUUUUGUUUGUGGAAGGAGAGACCCGAAUGCCUUUACUUUAGUCUCUGGGGAGGGCCAGCGGCUCGCAUCCCCCUCAUCUCCAGCUGCAUCUCGGAUGGUGGAUUUUCAGUGCCGACAGACACAUCUGCCGUGAACUCGCAGACGCCAGGGAGCCCUGUAGUGACACGUUCUCCGACAGCACCUUGCCGCCUGCCCACGACCUUGACCGUGAGGAGCUGCUAUCCGCAGCCAGCGCCGACACCCUGCCCCCUCUUCCUGGUGACACCCUCAACAACCAGGAUUUGCUCGAUCUCAGCCCAGCAGGCCAGGCAGACACACCCCGCUGUGCCUUAGGAAGGUGUGAGACCGGCUUCCCCCAUCCCCACAGCAAAACACGGCCUGUCCCAAGCCAGUGAGGAGCUAAAGACACGCAGGUCCCCAAAUGAUCUUACUCCAUGCUCCACCCGCUCACACGGUCCUUUCCCGUCACCCUUGCUACCCCCUGGAGCACUGCCCGCCAGAGCUGCCCUUCCCAGGAAGGAGUUUGGUUGGAUUCUGUCACUGUGGAGACCAAGAUUUUUUAAAAUUCCCAAUUAUAAUCACAAAAGCAGCAUCACGCUUGCUUCUGAGAACAGCAGGGUGAUGUCUGUUCCCAAGCUGGUGGUGGGAGCCUUAGCCUGUGUGGGGCCACCCGGGGAAGAGGAGGAGAGGAGGGUGAGGAGGCAGGCUCGCCGUUCCAAGGGACAGCAUAGUCUCGUGGUGGGGCGUGUUGCAUCUGGUGUCUGGGACAGUCCCCGUCACCCCAUGUGUGUGGCCUCUGCACUCCCAGCUCCAUGGCUGGGCUGGGCUGGGCUGGGCUGGGCUGGGCUGGGCUGGGCUGGGCGUGAGGAGCCCGUGGAGCCAGCAGCUGCAGAGGCCUAGGAGGGAGUUCCUGGGGGAAGCGCACAGUGUCCAGUGCCCAUCUCUUGCUUGUGUGUGAGAUUAGCCCUUGCUGGGGCGUCAAGAGGAAGAGCCUUAGACCUGGGCGGGCCUUCAGGGGCAUCUAGACCCCUGCACAGCCCAGGCCUGGUGUCUGCAUUUCCACAGCACCCCUGUGGGGACUCCUGCCGGGGCUGGCCGCUGUCUCAGGAGAGACCCAAUGGUUAGAAAGCCGUUUCUUACACAGCUGACAGCGUCUCCCAAGGCUUCCGUCCACGGGGACAGGCUAACCCCUGGGCGCCUUUUCUGCAGCAUGGAGGCCUUCUGAGUCACCUAAGCUGAGCCUGGGGCAUUCUCUAUGGCGGUCAGAAGGCCAAUGGCCCCAACACAGUGGCUUGUGGAAGGGAGAGAGGAGGCUCUGCAUGUCCACCUGCCCUAUGGGAGGAGGACACAGGUGUCCCCAGCCCAGCCUGUUCUCUCCCAGUCACUCAGGGAUGGGACCACCCAAAGUGCAGGACACGCCCCACCCUGCAGUUCGCAGCCUGGCCCCUGUCUCCACUUAGCUUCUGUUUCUGCAGUGGGUGGAAGGGAGUCAGCGGGGGGCCUGGCUUGUGUGCGUGUUUUCCUUAUUUGGUCUGUGGGUUGCCAAGUCCAUUUUUUUUUUUCCACUGAACUGGCUGGUAACUUGACGGACUGUGUAACUGACACAGGCCCUCUGUAGACCCCUGCCUUCACCCCACCCGCCUGGGUCCACUCCCUGGGGCGCUGUCCCAGCCAUCCCUGCUUGCCAGCUCAAAGCUUCAGGUCCUAGGAGCCAGUCCGCCUCGAAAGCCCUGAGAAAGUGAGACACCUGCACGUUCGCUGGGGGAGACCCUCCGUUCUCUUGUGGCAGCUGCUCCCACUUGUUAAACCAAGCUGUUUCUGUGGGGCGUGCUCACUCUUGGGAACCAGUGGCCUAGAGCUUUGGGUUACGGGCAUGGAGAGGGCUUUCCUGCCUCAGGCUUGGAGGCCAAUGUUCCAUACAUAAACUGCCAUGUCCUCCUCUGGUGCAGCUGGGCUGCUCUGUUAAAAGCCAGCAUCCAUCUUGAAGCUCGCUGGGUAAAUGGCAAUGCAUUCUCAAGCCUGUGUCUUCAGCUGAUGCCCAGUGUCCAGUGCUGGUCACCAGUCCCCUUUGCUGGGUACAGCCUGCCUGGCUGUUCUGUGGUCCUGGAACGCUGCAGUGUGGUUUUGUUCCAUGGAGACAGUACCAAGUGGAGAGGCCUCCUUGCCCACGGCCCCAGGGCCUGGGGGCCAGGGGUUCUGGCCCUGCGGGGACUUAGGCAGGAGGGGAAGAGAAGCCCAUGGAGCCAUGGGAGGGGUGUCAUGGGCGGGGCCUAGCCAUGGGAGGGGUGAGCUGUGGGCGGGGCCUAGUCAUGGGAGAGGUGAGCUGUGGGCGGGGUGAGCUGUAGGUGGGGCCUAGCCAUGGGAGAGGUGAGCUGUGAAUGGGGCUAGCUAUGGGUGGAGUGAGCUGUGGACAGGGCCUAGCCAUGGGAGGGGUGAGCUGUGGGCGGGGCCUGGUCAUGGGAGAGGUGAGCUGUGGGCGGGGCCUAGUCAUGGGAGGGGUGAGCUGUGAGUGGGGCUAAAGCCAUGGGAGCAGCAAGCUGGUGGAGUGGGCUGGGUGGAGCUGUGGGGGCUGCUGGCAGGGCCUAGGAAAGUAGACAACUCCCGGGGGAGACGAAGUAGCGAGUGAGUCCCCAAGAAAGGGACUCCUGCCCCAGCGUCAAGUGCCAAAGCAGGCCCCAUCUACCACUUCGGGGUCGACGUUGGUGGCAGGUGUUGUUCACGGUGUACUGAUUGUCACUGCAACACCUCCACAUCACCUUGAACUUCAAGAACAGCAGCAAACCUGUAUCUGCUAUCAGAGGCUGUUAGGUAGUCCAGCUUUAAAAUAACACACUCUUUCUCUAUCCCAUGCCCUUUAAACAAGCAGCCACAGGAGAUGUCAGUCUCCAGGGCCUGGCCCCACUGUGUUGACAGCAGUCACGUCUGUUGAGCUGACACUGCUGAGGCUGAAGCUGGCCCCGUGCAGGUGGCUGGUGAGCCACAGAUGCAGUACCCGGAGGUGUGCUCUCCCCUUGAGGCCUGUCCCCAACUCCUCCCCUAGAGGCCUAUUCCCAACUCCUCCCCUAGAGGCCUAUUCCCGCUGCUCACAGACCUCAGCAGAGGCACCAGCUGGAGGGCUCCAGGGACAUCCUUGGAGAUACAGGAGGCUUUCCUGGCACAGGGCACAGCUCUUAGGAGGCCUUUGUAGGACGCUGUCUCCCCAGUGUGUCCUGCUCAUCCAGGAUGGGGAGAAAGAGGAGGAGGCCCCAGGCUCAGAAGCCAGGGACAGACUGCCGACGAUUACCAAACUGAAUCCAGGCAGUGCCAUGACCCUGGGUGUCCCUUGGUUCACAUCACCCACCAGACACAGCUGCGGAGAGAGUGCAGGGAGGGGUUGGGACCAAACAGGCCAGAAACCGGCAGAAAGGAGGCAGAAGUGAGCUGGGUGUGCCUGGGGCACGAAGCCAGCGCCGGGGGGAUUUCAGUGGAGCCCUACAGCCAGGCUCUGUGCGGACUGUGAUGCCAGAGAGGCGUGCAGCCUCUGGGCAAGUCGGGAGAGGGCUUGGGUGGUCCCCACAAGGGAGAAGAGGUGGAAGGGCCAGAGAAGACCACCAAGACCACCGUUCCCGCAGGCCUGGGGUGAGUGACCUGACUAUGAGACUAGCGGGCAGAGCCAAGCAGGGCUAAACUCCAACCCAGGGCCCGGUGUUGGACAAAGUAGCUUUUUCUUUGCUCGUUUGUCUGUGUAUUAAGAAGAGACUAAAAUAGCCAAACGACGCUGGUCGCAUGCGCUGGCUGUGGUCUGUCUGCUGAAUGUCUAUUUUUGUCUCCUGACGAGACGUGAGGACCAUGCCCUUGAUCCCUCCGAUGGACCAGAAACCCCCUUCCUUGCAAAAAAAAAGGCAAUUGAAUUAGGAAAAGAUAGCCCAACCUAGCUCAGAUCCACCGAGAUAAGCACAGCAAAGCUUGGCUGCAUUUUUGAGGAAUAAAAACCUUCAGAAAGCACCGAUAACCUUCAGGAUCUGAAUGAGAUUCUAUUAUAACCCGUCUAAAUGAUUGCAAAAUUCCUCCUUUGGUUUUGGAAGCAGCGUUUGCUCUCCUGUGGCUCAGGGAUUCUCUGAGGACCAGGGAGUUGACACACAAACCCCUCCAUGGGUCCGAGCCAGCUAUUUCUCAAGGCUCCCACCUCGCCAAGCUCCCAAGGGCCUGCUGGCAGUGCCUACGCUGUGCCAACUACCCUGUCUGGUACAGACCACGGCUGGGUAAGCACCCUUAAAAGCAACAGAAAUGACGUCUGGAAGCUGAAAUGUGAAAGUGUCAAGAUGGCUUAGGAGAGGAAGGAGUGGACCCGCUGGUCUUUGGCAUUUUGUAUUUAGAAUUAUUCUAACUUUAUACAUAAUGUAUAGGCCGAUCUUUUGGAAGGGAUAAGGUUUUCAUUCUUGUGCAACUCAUUAUUCUCAUUAUUGGCCUUUUAAAUAAAAAGUUGUUUUGCAGCGUG